UACAACUUCAAACAGGCUUACGCAGAGUGUCAGUGCUGCUGUCGUGGCUGUGCUGCAUCUUUUCUGGCCUGACAUCUGAAAACAUGUUGACCCUCACGCUCAGACACAUUGCACGGCCCCUGUGCCAGCGGUCCUCUGUGCGUGUGUGUGCGCGGGCACAGCAUGCAGCCACCCGCUCUGUGGAUGAUGAGCGGCCCUGGACCGGGCAGGAGAGCCUGGCAGAGGAUGACCCUGAGAUGUGGGACCUGCUGCUGAAGGAGAAGGACAGACAGUGCCGCGGCCUGGAGCUCAUCGCCUCAGAGAACUUCUGCAGUCGCGCCGCUCUGGAGGCUCAGGGCUCCUGUCUGAACAACAAAUAUUCUGAGGGUUACCCAGGGAGAAGGUACUAUGGUGGAGCUGAAAUAGUGGACCAGAUUGAGCUGCUUUGUCAGAGACGAGCUUUGGAUGCGUUUAACCUGGACCCUGCUAAAUGGGGUGUCAAUGUGCAGCCAUACUCUGGCUCUCCGGCCAACUUCGCCGCCUAUACCUCUGUACUCAACCCCCACGACCGCAUCAUGGGCCUGGACCUGCCCGAUGGAGGACAUCUAACUCAUGGAUACAUGUCUGACGUGAAGAGAAUUUCUGCAACUUCAAUUUAUUUUGAGUCUAUGCCCUACAAGUUGAAUCCCUCUACAGGACUUAUAGACUACGACCAGAUGGAGAUGACGGCCAAGCUGUUCCGGCCCAGGCUCAUCAUUGCUGGCACCAGCGCCUAUGCCCGCCUCAUUGACUACGCCCGCAUCAAGAAGCUCUGCACAGACAUUAAGGCCUACUUGCUGGCAGACAUGGCCCAUAUCAGUGGACUGGUGGCAGCUCAGGCCAUCCCCUCUCCUUUUGACCACGCUGACAUCGUAACCUCCACUACACACAAGUCUCUACGAGGAGCAAGGGCUGGUCUUAUUUUCUAUCGAAAGGGUGUGCGCUCUGUGGACAAGAAGGGCAAGGAGACUCUUUAUGAUCUGGAAGAUAGGAUUAACUUUGCUGUAUUUCCCUCACUGCAGGGAGGACCUCAUAAUCAUGCCAUUGCUGGUGUCGCUGUGGCCCUCAGACAGGCUCAGUCGCCCAUGUUCAAAGAGUACAUCGCUCAGGUGAUAAAGAACUCUAAGGCCAUGGCAGCAGCCCUGCUCAGUAAAGGCUACACUCUGGUGUCAGGCGGCACUGACAACCAUCUGGUCCUGGUGGACCUGAGGCCUAAGGGCAUCGAUGGGGCUCGGGCUGAGAGGGUUCUGGAGCUAGUGUCCAUCACUGCCAAUAAAAACACCUGCCCCGGAGACAAGAGCGCACUCACACCUGGCGGUCUGCGCUUAGGUGCUCCAGCUCUAACCUCCAGACAGUUCAAAGAGGCCGACUUUGUCCAGGUUGUGGAGUUCAUGGAUGAGGGCUUUAAAAUUGCCCUGGAUGUCAAGAAAAAGACAGCAAAACUACAAGACUUCAAGACGUUCCUGCUAGAGGAUCCAGAGACCGUGGGGCGCAUUGCUGAUCUACGGAAGCGCGUGGAGGUGUUUGCCAGACCUUUCCCAAUGCCUGGUUUUCAUGACCAUUAAUCCCCCAGCCCUGAGGAGGGAGGAGCUCCGGCUUGGUGCCAGAUCCAACUGAACAAGUGUCCUCAGGAGGAGUCAGAGGAGCAGCUUUUACCUGAGAAACAAAAAACUGAUUCUGUCACAUCUCUCUCUUUUUAAAUGAGCAGAUAUUUUCAAACUCUACAGAAUUUUUCUAUCAUGUUUUAAAAUAUCUCCUUUAUCUAUUUCAUUUAUGUGACACAGACAAUACAAUCAUUAUCAUUUCAUUAACCAUUUAAGAAGUUCAAAAUCAUGUGAGGGUGAAUUGAUUAGUACACUACAUACAUACUCUAAAGACUUAUGCUGGAAGGUCUUAAUGAUAUAUAGCAGCUAAACUUAUGUCACUUAACUUGAUUACAUUCACUUUCUUUUUGUGAUAACAUUUUUAUGUGACAAGUUGUAUAUUUCUAUAGACUAAUAUAAUUCCCAAUAUGUCUGUACUUGCACUCUAGUCUCACAAUGAAACUGAUGCUUUUCUAUUUUCUUCAAAGUACAAACACAAGCAUGGGUAUAUUUUUUUCUAAAAGUCCUAGUCUUAUUCUGAUUACAUUUCCAAAUCUGCAAGUCUUAAGGGCAAAGCUACAGUAUACAAAACAGUACAUUGUCUGUUCUUCCUACAUAUAGCUGUUAAUAGUACUACUGUUUAAUAUUAUGUUGAAUGUUUACACAGGAGUUAUGGGUUAUGUGAUUUGGACAUAAACAAUGAGCUAAACUUCCAUUGAAUCUCAGCGUUGUUGCGUAUCUUUGAGACUCGUUUUCACUUUACAAACUGUAACAGUUUUCAUUAUCGCUGCAGAAGUGAAUAUCUCUUUGUGAAAAGGGUCUUUCAGCACAAACGACAAAAUGGUGUCGAAAAAGUUGUGAUUUUUCCACAAGGCACCACAUGUCAAACGAACCAAAACAUCAUUGUUCACUUUGCCACAAUGUACCAACAGAGUUUUCAAGUCUGUAUGUUUUUCCUUUUUGGUCGGCUUGGCAACUAUUGUACAUUACAUUUUCUGUCAUUAACAAAGGUUUUAAUAAUAUAACUUCUAAUAAAAGGCAAUUAUUUAA